GUCCGCAUCGCACCGUCCGCUCCUUUCCUCGCACACAGCCGGCACGGGCGCAGCGCGCGCGCGCACACACACACACACACACACACGCGCGCGCGCACACGGUGCAGAGAGCGUGCGAGCCCUCCCGCGCGCCGCUCCAUCGUCCUCUAUAGGCGCGCGACCCCGCGCGCUCUCGGCAUUCAUUGUCUCGCGUCGGAAGGGACUUCGCGCUCACGCGCCGUGAACCUCGCGCUCCCGCACACGCAGGCGGUGGAGGUGCUGGGACCGCGGAGCCGCGAAAGAGCGGCGGUGUGUGUGUUUCUCCUGCUUCUCGUGUGAAGUGACGGAGCGGUUAUUUUUAGUCUCAGUUCCACCGGCAUCAAGGUAAAACAUGGCGAGCGACUCUCCGGCUCGGAGCCUGGAUGAAAUCGACUUGUCUUCACUGAGGGACCCUGCGGGCAUCUUUGAGCUGGUGGAGCUGGUGGGCAACGGCACAUAUGGCCAAGUGUACAAGGGUCGUCAUGUUAAAACAGGGCAGCUUGCCGCCAUCAAGGUCAUGGACGUCACUGGGGACGAGGAGGAGGAGAUCAAGCAGGAGAUCAACAUGCUGAAGAAGUACUCCCACCACCGGAACAUCGCCACAUACUAUGGUGCCUUCAUCAAAAAGACCCCACCAGGGGUUGACGACCAGCUCUGGCUGGUGAUGGAGUUCUGUGGUGCUGGGUCGGUGACGGACCUGAUCAAGAACACUAAGGGCAACUCCUUGAAGGAAGAGUGGACGGCCUAUAUCUGCCGGGAGAUCCUGAGGGGUCUGACCCACCUUCACCAUCACAAAGUCAUCCACAGGGAUAUCAAGGGUCAGAACGUCCUGCUAACUGAGAAUGCUGAGGUCAAGCUAGUGGACUUUGGCGUGAGUGCACAGCUGGACCGUACCGUGGGCCGCAGGAACACGUUCAUCGGCACACCCUACUGGAUGGCGCCUGAGGUCAUUGCCUGUGAUGAGAACCCCGAUGCCACAUAUGACUUCAAGAGUGACCUGUGGUCAUUAGGAAUAACAGCCAUUGAAAUGGCAGAAGGAGCUCCACCACUGUGUGACAUGCAUCCCAUGAGGGCCCUCUUCCUGAUUCCUAGGAGCCCGGCACCCAGGCUCAAGUCAAAGAAGUGGUCCAAGAAAUUCCAGCUAUUUGUUGAGAGCUGCUUGGUGAAGAACCAUGGGCAGAGGCCCACCACAGAGCAACUGCUGAAACACCCCUUCAUCCGGGACCUGACUAAUGAAAGGCAGGUCCGCAUCCAGCUCAAGGACCAUAUUGACCGCACUAAAAAGAGGCGUGGUGAGAAAGAUGAGACGGAGUACGAGUACAGCGGAAGUGAGGAGGAAGAGGAGAACGACAUAGGAGAGCCCAGCUCUCUCAUCAACAUCCCUGGGGAGUCGACCCUGAGGCGGGACUUCCUGCGUCUGCAGCUGGCCAAUAAAGAGCGGUCAGAGGCUCUGCGCAGGCAGCAGCUGGAGCAGGAGCAGAAUGAGGAGCACAAACGCCAACUGCUGGCCGAGCGCCAGAAGCGUAUCGAGGAGCAGAAGGAACAGCGGCGGCGGCUGGAGGAGCAACAACGGCGCGAUAGAGAGAUUCGGAAGCAGCAGGAACGGGAGCAGCGGCGGCGCUACGAGGAGAUGGAGCAGCUACGUCGUGAGGAGGAGAGGAGGCAGGCAGAGCGCGAGCAGGAGUACAUCCGCCGGCAGCUGGAGGAGGAGCAGAGGCAGCUGGAGAUCCUGCAGCAGCAGUUGUUACAGGAGCAGGCUCUCCUCCUGGAGUACAAGCGGAAGCAGCUGGAGGAGCAGCGGCAGGCAGAGCGUCUGCAGAGGCAGCUCCAGCAGGAGAGGGCUUACCUGGUGUCCCUUCAACAGCAGCAGCAGCAGCAGCAACAGCAGCAUCAGGACCCCAGACCUGGAGAGAAGAAGCAACUCUACCACUAUAAGGACUCAGUCAACCCAAGCGACAAGCCCACCUGGGCUAAGGAGGUCAUGAGGCAAUCCCACAGUAACUCCCCCUGUCCCCGACUGCAGCAUCAACAGCCCAGACGGGGCUCUCCAUCGCACCCUCACAAAUGCCAAAAUGCUGUCCGCAGAACAUCCUCUAACCCCUCCUACAAUCCAACCCCCAGUCAUCCCCAGAACUACAAAAAGCUGAAGCAACAGCUGUAUGUGCCUAAAAUUCAGAUUUCUGGUGAGCAGAACUGCCCAGUGGACCUGGCCCGCCCAAUUGACAUGGUCAAAGAGGUCAGCCAGCAUGUGCUGGGAGUCCAUGGCGCCAGAGGGCGAUCCCGAGGGCGCAGUCCUGGCCCUGCGCACAAACCGGUGGAGGAGCGCUCCAAGCUGAAUCGCCAGAGCUCCCCAGCCCUGCAACACAAGGUGGCCAAUCGAAUCUCGGAUCCAUCGCUGCCACCCCGCUCCGAGUCCUUCAGUAGUGGCGGGGUGCAGCCGGCCCGCACCACGCCCAUGCACCGGCCUGCCGAGCCCCAGAUGGCCCACCUGGUCCCCACAAAGUGCCACAGUCCGGCCAUGACGGGCUCCCAGUCUCUGCAUGACCAGUCGACUCAGGGAGUCUCUGCCUUUCAAGAAAGUCUGGUGCCCCGCCGGGGAGAGAUGCCCCGCCAGAACUCAGACCCAACGUCAGAAACACCCCCACCACCACCUCGCGUUACUAGCCGUGAGGACAAGUUUGACCGCACUUCCUGGCUGAGACAGGACGAUGACAUCCCACCUAAGGUGCCCCAGCGAACUACAUCCAUCUCCCCGGCGCUGGUGAGGAAGAACUCCCCUGGGAACGGAGUGGGCCUGGGGCUGCGAACUGCAUCCCAGCUCAUCCGGGCCAGCAACCCAGACCUGAGGAAAACAGAACCGGCCCCAGAGACCGUCCUCCACAGGACUAGCAGCGGAAGCUCGUCUAGCUCCAGUACUCCCAGCUCACAGGCCGGGUCCAGUGAAAGGAACCGGGUUCAAGGGUCCAGCGAUGCAGAAGCAUCCCCUGUGCUGUCCCAAGAGGCCCCCAAACCUCGACAGGAGGACAGCCGGGAGGUAACCAGGCCCAGUCGUCCUGCGGAUCUGACUGCUUUGGCCAAAGAGUUACGGGAGCUCCGGGUUGAUGAGAGCAACCGGCCGCCCAUAAAGGUGACGGACUACUCGUCCUCCAGCGAAGAGUCUGAGAGCAGCGAGGAAGAGGAUGGUGAGAAUGUGGCUCACGAUGGGACCGUGCCCGUCAGCGACAUCCCACGGAUCAUGCCAUCCGUCCCUGCAGGAAAUAGUGUGGGCUGGCCAGGUGGCAAUGAUGAAGCACAUGGUGAUGCCUUUAUCAGCAGCUCUAAGGAUGAUGCUCUGAUGGUGAUGGAAUCGGCAGUGGACAGGAAACGCUCCGGCCACAUGGAGAGCAAUGGCUUUGCUGGCCAUGUCAACUUGCCCGACCUGGUGCAGCAGAGCCAGUCCCCUGUGGGGUCUCCCACCGAAGGCUCACAGCAGCAGGACCUGGACUCCAUAAGCCAAUAUGGGACAGGAAGUGGAUCCAAAGCUUCAUUCACACCAUUUGUGGACCCACGUGUUUACCAGACUUCACCCACAGAUGAAGACAAUGAAAACUCAGCUGCUGCACUGUUUGCCAACGAGCUGCUACAGCAAGAGCAGGCCAAGCUGAAUGAGGCACGCAAGAUCUCUGUGGUGAAUGUGAACCCUACCAAUAUCCGGCCCCACAGUGACACGCCAGAGAUCCGCAAGUACAAGAAGCGCUUCAACUCGGAGAUCCUGUGCGCUGCUCUCUGGGGGGUGAAUCUGCUCGUGGGCACAGAGAACGGGCUGAUGCUGCUGGACCGCAGUGGCCAGGGGAAGGUCUACAACCUCAUCACGAGGCGCCGCUUCCAACAGAUGGACGUCCUGGAGGGCCUCAAUGUGCUGGUAACAAUCUCCGGGAAGAAGAACAAGCUGAGGGUAUAUUACUUGUCGUGGCUCAGGAACAGAAUACUGCACAAUGACCCAGAGGUCGAGAAAAAGCAGGGAUGGAUCACCGUUGGGGAUCUUGAGAGCUGUGUCCACUACAAAGUCGUCAAAUAUGAAAGGAUAAAAUUCUUGGUGAUCGCCCUGAAGAAUUCUGUGGAGAUUUACGCGUGGGCCCCCAAGCCAUACCACAAAUUCAUGGCUUUCAAGUCUUUCACAGAUCUCCAGCACCGGCCUCAGCUAGUGGACCUGACGGUAGAGGAAGGUCAGAGGUUAAAGGUUAUCUAUGGGUCCAGCGUCGGUUUUCAUGUGAUUGAUGUGGAUUCCGGGAAUCCCUACGACAUCUACAUCCCAUCCCAUAUUCAGAGCAGUGUCACCCCACAUGCCAUCGUGGUGCUCCCCAAGACAGACGGCAUGGAGAUGCUUCUGUGUUACGAAGAUGAGGGGGUCUAUGUGAACACGUAUGGAAGAAUCACAAAAGACGUGGUGCUGCAGUGGGGAGAGAUGCCCACUUCUGUUGCCUAUAUUCACUCCAACCAGAUCAUGGGCUGGGGCGAAAAGGCAAUAGAGAUCCGCUCAGUAGAGACGGGCCACCUUGACGGGGUGUUCAUGCACAAGCGAGCUCAGCGACUGAAGUUCCUCUGCGAAAGGAACGACAAGGUGUUCUUUGCCUCUGUGCGAUCUGGGGGCAGCAGCCAAGUCUUCUUCAUGACCCUCAACAGGAGCUCCAUGAUGAACUGGUAGUGCUGUUUACCGCCGGCCUGUCCGCGGUGUUGGCCCCCGUCAGCGUCACACUCAUAUCCCCCAAGGUACAUUCUGACAUUGGACAAAGACAAACCGUGAUGGUGUGGACACGGUGGACAUCCAGACCCCAGUUACACACAGUCUAGAACCUGUAAAGAGGAAAGAAGUGGUCUCUCGGCAACCCUAAAGGUGGUGCUUUUCCCUGUGGUUGGAAGAAAAUCCCAAAGGCUGUCGAGCUGAGAAACCGGGCGCCACUGGGAAAUCCUCAUGUCCGAGGUUACAAGAAAUAACCUCACAAGGGCUUCUGAGGAGUCCUUUGCAUAGAUUUUUUUUUUAUUAUUUUUUAAUUUUUCCCCCCACAACCCCAGUAUUUACUAUUUCUAUAUGGGUGCGUGAAUGUAAAGGGAUCAGAGAGCAGAAGAAUAUUUUUUUCAUGGUUUGGUGAUGAGAGUCUACGUUAUCGGUUUAUUAAGUGUAUGUUACAGAACCUGUAAUGUAUGACAAGAGUAAACAAGCCGGGGUUGUGCGUGGAUAAUUUCUGAAUUUAUAUUGUGGAUAAAUGCACAUAAUGUGUCUGGUGAAAGGUGAAAUAUAAUGCCUGAGCGUUUGUUCCCGUUUUCCUGCGGUUCACCGCGGUAUCCUAGGCUCCACACAAACGUGUUUCUCUACUUGCUGAGUUGCUGUUCUGAGUGAAACACGGACCGAGUGCCAUCUCCUCCUCUGUUUUUCCCGCAUUCGGUCCUGGUCUCCGUGGUGUCCACCCGGGCGACAUGGGAUACUUUACUACGGAAACGGACCACUUUGGGGUUGGGUCUUAUCCUGUGGUAAAUAGGGUAGCUUUUUGGUUGGGAGCUGCCCAUCGACCUUGGGAAGGGCGAACCGAGCGCCAAGGUACAGAUUGCGAAAUUUUUUCUCACUGGAAGUUGCUCUUCAUUAUAAGUAGCUCAGCAAACCCACACAGUCUGUAUCGCUGUGGUAGCUGACCCGUGGACCUGUCUUCGUUACUUGGCCUUCAAAGAUUGACGGUGCUUCACCCACUGCAUGGGAACAAAGCCAGUCAUAUGUACAGCUUUUACCAUGUUUUAUUUUCAUCCCAGGGUGUGCCAUUUCUCUUUCAUGCUCUUUUCUUAGAAUGCGUGGAUUAUUUGCUUUUUGUUCUGUAAAUGAGAAUGGUAUGUGUGAAUCUGAGGAUGGCCAAGUCUGCUGCCAUUGCAGUUCCUGAGAAGAAACUACUUGCAAACAAAAUCCACACGUGGUCAUAAGCAUCAGUCUUUCACUCUGCAGGUAUUUUUGCACAGUGUAAAAUUUCACUCAGUAAUAACUCUGUUUUUCUGCCAUUCGUCGUCUUGGUUUUAGUUUUCGUUAUUUUUUCGUUAACAGUUUUAGCAUUUAAUGUUCCAGUACGUGAAGUGAGACAAAAAACAAAGUACACAUUAUAUUGUACAUUUAAUGUAUAUUUCUGUUGAUCCUUUUUAUUAACUGCUAAU